GCAGCCAUGGGCAUGGGUGGCGACGAGGGGCUACAACCCCAACCCGAAACCCAAACCCAACAUCCAAAGCGUGAUUUCUCGGAAGAUGCUGCGUCUACAUCCAAUAAUUCGCCUACUAAUGCCCAUAAUUCCGACUCCAACUCCAACAAUAAGAAACGUCGCACAGGCCCUUCCACUUCCACUUCCUCCAGAGGCGUCGCAAACCUCACCCCCGAACAACUCCAGAAGAAACGCGCCAACGACAGAGAGGCACAGCGGGCAAUUCGCGAGCGGACAAAAAACCAGAUCGAGAAUCUCGAAAGGAAAAUCAGAGACUUGACCUCGCAGCAGCCCUACCAGGAAUUGCAGCAUGUCAUCCGCCAGAAAGAGCUGGUGGAAGCAGACAAUGCGGAUAUCAAAAAGAGGCUGGCUUCAGUACUAUCGAUAAUCCAGCCAGUCCUGGGACCACACACAGCCCUCGAAGCUCCCAAUUUUACCCCUCCCGCCCCGCCGUAUGUUCCCAAUCGACCUGGCUCUUCAAGCCGCAAUAUAUCGACGCCAAACCGUGCAACAUCUCCUGCUGCUGGCUCGUGGCAGGCACCGAAUGCCCCAAUGGGCCAUCAUGAACAUCGUAACUACACCCAGGUCCAAAGUACCCAGACCCAGUUGAACCAGCAGAGAUAUGACAUGGCACACAAUUUGGAUAUGGGGCCCGAAAGAUUGGGACUUGAUUUCCUCCUGGAUGGUACACAACGGAUAAACAAGAUCCCCAGUGGUAUAAGUGGGCCGCAGGAAUCCAUGAACUUCCAGCACGGUGCUGGGGGGUCAGAAAGAGGCAGCCCGGGACACAACAGAAGCAAUUCUGUGAGCAGUAACUACAACCCGGGCUCUUCAGGCGUCGAAAUGAUGGGGCAUGCUAUACCCAUCCGGAACAGCCCCCCGACAUGUCCUCUAGACAGUCUGCUCCUCGACUUCCUUCACUCACGUCAGGUACAAGCAGCAGACGGUGUAGCAACGCCCAAACUUGUCGGGCCCGCCUAUCCCAGCGUCUCCUCCCUGCUCAACCCCGCGAAGAGCGCGCAAUCUCAUCCUCUCUCGAAAGUCUUCACCGACAUCCUAGCUACCUUCCCCGACCUGUCGACACUCCCUGAAAAGGUUGCAACCCUCUACAUAAUGUUUCUCAUUAUGCGUUGGCAAAUUUCACCCACCCAAGAAAACUACGACCGCCUCCCGGACUGGGUAACCCCACGUCCCUCUCAACUCUUCACCCCCCACCCAGCCUGGAUCGAUCAUCUCCCAUUCCCCAAGAUGCGAGACCGCCUGGUACGGGAUUACAACCCUCGAGAUUACCUCUUCGACAAGUGGUUCAUACCGUUCACCACAACGAUUAGCUUGAACUGGCCGUACGAGCCAACUGACACGCUGCUAAGCAGUCCCGAAAGUGACGAAUUAAUGAUAAAUCCAGUCUUCGAGCGGCACCUGCGCCGCCUCGAAAACUGGAGUUUGGGCCCUGCUUUUGCAAAGGCAUUCCCGGGGUUACAUGAUACUUAUCGCUUGAAAACGGAUGGGGAUAGGCGGCCUUAG